AUGCAAAAAUAUCAAGAAAUUGAAUCUGAAUGGGACUAUAAUUUAUUUGAUUGCGAUAAAAACUGCCCAAUGUGCCUUUUUGCGUUAAUUCCAGGAGCCGGCAUAUUGAUGCAAGCUUACAAUGCAGAAGCUUCCGAUCCCUCCAAUCCCAAUGCUUGCCCUACUGCAUGUCUUUGCGGUGUUAUAUUUUGCUGUAUUGGAUCUAUAUAUAACUCUUAUAAUCUUGCAAAGAAUUUGCAUUUAAAGCACAGCUGGGUUGAAAAUAUUGGAAUUUCUUUACUAUUUUGCCUUGAUAGCUGUGCUAACACCCAAGAAUGGAUGGAAACAAUGCAUAAAGUUAAAGGGAACCAUAAAAUGACAUUAUGUGACUACUGAGACUCUCAAAGUCCUGAUCAAGGUCCUAUGAUUUAA